UCCCUGCCCCCUCCGCCGCCAUGGGCCACAACGACCUGAUGGGCGCCGCCGAAGACUUCGCCGACCAGUUCCUGCGCGUGACGAAGCAGUAUCUCCCUCACGUCGCCCGCCUGUGCCUGAUCAGCACCUUCCUGGAGGAUGGCAUCCGCAUGUGGUUCCAGUGGAGCGAGCAGAGAGACUACAUUGACGCCACCUGGAACUGUGGCUACAUAUUGGCCUCCAUCUUUGUGUUCCUAAACCUUCUGGGGCAGUUGACUGGCUGCAUCUUGGUGUUGAGCAGAAACUUUGUGCAGUAUGCCUGCUUUGGACUGUUUGGGAUUAUAGCAUUACAGACCAUCGCCUACAGUAUUUUAUGGGAUCUAAAGUUUUUGAUGAGGAAUCUGGCCUUGGGAGGAGGCUUGCUGCUGCUGCUGGCCGAAUCGCGUUCCGAAGGGAAGAGCAUGUUUGCCGGCGUCCCCACCAUGCGGGAGAGCUCCCCGAAACAGUACAUGCAGCUCGGCGGCAGGGUCCUGCUUGUCCUGAUGUUUAUGACGCUCCUUCACUUUGAUGCCAGCUUCUUUUCGAUUCUCCAGAACAUCGUGGGCACGGCUCUGAUCAUUUUAGUAGCCAUCGGCUUUAAAACCAAGCUGGCCGCCUUGACUCUGGUCGUCUGGCUCUUUGGCAUCAACGUCUAUUUCAACGCCUUCUGGACCAUCCCCGUCUACAAACCCAUGCACGACUUCCUCAAGUACGACUUCUUCCAGACCAUGUCCGUCAUCGGAGGCCUGCUGCUGGUGGUGGCCCUGGGGCCCGGCGGCGUGUCCAUGGAUGAGAAGAAGAAGGAGUGGUAACAGGUCCGGCUCGCCGGCCGGCCCGCCCGAGCCGGGGCCGCCCGGGACCGGCUCUCUGUGGAUUUGACAAAACUGCCGGCGUUCUCGUGUCCCGCCCCGUCCCCCCUCCUCUGGUAAAGGCACAGAUGUUUGGAGAGCUUUAUCUGCAGCGACGACACCAAUAAUCCGAAAGAUCGAUGGCUAAAUCCGAGCGGCAGCCCGACGCUCCGGUCGUGAUUUCUCACCCUUUUUUUCUGUUUAGGUCGGCCACGGCCCCUCUGGUUCACACGCUUGGCGCGGGGGCCCGGGGGGUGGUGUGGGAGACGGGCCUACCUACGCCUUUGUUGUAAGUGGGGCUUUUUUGUUUUUAUGAUUUAAAAAAAAAAAUCUCCAAGUUGUACUGUGAGCGGAAACCCACCCAUAUCAUUCAAUGUGGUGGUCUCUUUUUAAUUUUUUUUUUCCUCUCAUUCACACUUUUCGCUUGAACUACUCCGAUUUGCGUUGCCCCAGCCAAACAAGGAAACGCUAGUCCGAACUCUCCGGACGCCCCAACCGCCCCCUCCCCACGGCCCCCAAACUGCUCUUGCCAAGCACGAAAAGGAGUUUGGGGUUUUUCGUUUGCGUGUUUCACCGUAAAAUCAAAAGUCCCUCGAAGUACAGUAUUAAAGCAUCUGGCGUCUCCGACAGAAGAGGGGUGGGUGAGGAGGAAACGGCCCCGCUGGCUCGAAUGGGAUCAGAUAAUCAAUUGAAGCCGCCAUAAUUAACGUCCCCUUCUUCCCCACCCCAAAGUGGCAGCCAGGUGCCUCAGUGGUGAAAGAUGACGACCGUCCCCACCCGAAGGAGGCAUUUGCUAAAGAACGGCCGGCGGCCCACCCCACGGCCCCGACUGGGCAAUCUGGGAUCGUCAACGGGGGAAGAACGGAACCGGGCCUCGCUUCUGCCAGCGAUGGAUUUGAUUUUUUUUAUUAUUAUUAUUUUUUUUAGCAGCUGCCCAUCAGAGAAAGUCAGAACUGGUUAACUCCCGUUUCCUAGUCAGGGAGGAGGCUUCUUCUUAAGGCCCGGGUUGCAGCGGCCCAGCUAGGGCCCCAGCCAGAUUCCGUCUCAACCGAGCAAGAUCUUAAUUUCCUGUGAAAGUUCGGGUGGGCCUCUGAACUGGUUCUUGGGGGUCCCGCCCCGCCAACACACACCCCUCCACCACACCUGUAUGGAUGAAAGCGUUUUUUUUUUCCCCAUGCUGUGAGCGUGGGCUGGGUUCUGGCCCCAGUGUUUACCAUUUCAGAAGCAGGGUGUUGCUUUGCUGCUCAAUCUUUUUGUUUUUCCCGUUUUCUCCCCCCCCCCCCACCCCCCCCCCGCAGCCAAAUUGACAAUAUCUGUGACGGCUUGAUUUGAUCUCAGUCCUGUAUUUAAAGUUUUCUAACACUGCCUUA